GAUCCAUCAACUCUCCGCGUCUCUUUUGUCUCGACGACAUCAACUUUCUCUCUCUCUCUCUCUCUUCUCUCCCCCUCAUCUGGUCAACGAAAUCCAAAAUUCAAUUCUGGUGGCUUCUGCGAUUUCUCAAUUGCCGAACCCUAAUUUCCUGUAGGUAAGAUUCUUGAUUACCUUUUGAUUCAUAAUAUCGCUUCAUAUUCAACAAAAGAGUGAUUGAGUAAAGGUUGCGCUUUUUCUAGGGUUUUGUUAUUGAAUCUAUUCUUGUACCUCUGAUUUUUGUUUCAGUUUAUCAAUUGUUUGUGGCUAUUUAACUUUUAUUGUAUUAAAAAGGAAAAAAGAUCAAUACUGGUAUUUUUGAGAAUUAGACUCUUUUUUUUUUCCCCUCUUUCUCGUGUUUUAGUUUUCGUUUCCUCGUAAUUGAGAGGAUUGUUGUUUGUGGUUGUUGGUGUUGUUAUUAUGGCGUCGGGAAAAGUUAGUGUGUUGAGGAAUGAAGCUCACUCUCGUGAUUCGAGGGGAGUUCGUAAUCGUUGUGAAGGUUUUGGUUGUCGUGAGCUUGAUUAUGGGGUUGAAAUUAGGUCUAAAAGUAAAUUGGGUUGUUUGGAGCAUGGUGGAGAGAAGGGUGUGUUUGACGGCGAUUUUAAAGUAAAGGGUAAGGAAGCUAUGGAAGACGGGAUUGUGUUUUCGCCUCCACAAAAGAGGCGGAAGUUCUCUCCUGUUGUGUGGGAUGUGGAGGACACCAGUAUCUCUUUUGUCAAUCGAGAGAAGAACAUAGAUGAUGAUUGGGAGCCUGGUCAGAUUGAUGAAGAGGAUCUUAGUUGUGCACCGAACAUUUUGACAUCUCGUUGGGCUUGCAAUAAUGAUCUAGAAGAGUGUGGUUGGGAUGGAGAGGAAGUGAAGGGAAGAUCGAGUCCUGAGAGUGGGGUUACGCAAAAGGGGGACUCGGAUGGUGCUGGGAAUGUGUUGUCUGGUUCUGAUGGUGAUAGUUUGAUGAGGAUUGGUAGUGAAGAUCAAAGUUGGUUAAACAACUUGGAGAAUUGUGCUGCCAGAGAAUCAGGUUUUGAUUCUGAUGAAGACACUAAGGGUGGUGUUUCCAGGGGAGGAUUGAGAAAUAUGCCACAGGGUUGUAGAAGUGUGCUCGAGUAUGAGAUUCUUGGCAAAAUUAAUGAGGGCAGUUAUGGUAUCGUAUACAAAGCAAGAGACAAGAAGAGUGGAGAGAUUGUUGCAAUUAAGAAAAUGAAGAUGGGUAAUGAACGAGAGGGUUUUCCUGUGUGCUAUUUGAGGGAAAUUAAUACCCUUCUUUCUUUGAACCACCCUUCAAUUGUGAAUGCUCGAGAAGUAGUAGUGGAUGAUAGUGUUGAAGGCUUUGAUAAUGUUUAUAUGGUAAUGGAAUAUGUGGAACAUGAUAUUAAGGCACUGAUGAAGGUAAGGAAGCAGCCUUUUAGACAGAGUGAAGUGAAGUGCUUGAUGCUUCAGCUUUUGGAGGGUGUUAAAUAUCUUCAUGAUAAUUGGGUGCUUCAUAGAGAUUUGAAGACAUCAAAUCUUUUGCUUAAUAACACGGGUGAGCUGAAAAUAUGUGAUCUGGGGAUGGCACGCCAUUAUGGUAGCCCAUUGAAACCAUAUACUGCUCUGGUGGUUACUCUUUGGUACAGAGCUCCUGAGCUUCUGCUUGGAGCCAAAGAGUACUCAACAGCUUUGGAUAUGUGGUCGGUGGGCUGCAUAAUGGCUGAACUACUGACCAAUAAACCAUUAUUUGAUGGGAAAACUGAGGUUGAGCAGCUUAGUAAGAUAUUUAGAUUGCUCGGCACACCUAAUGACAAGAUCUGGCCAGGUUACUCUCAAUUGCCUCUGGCCAAGAAGGCUAUUACAUUAUGACCCUGAGAAGAGGAUAACAGUGGAAGAGGCCCUGAACCAUCGCUGGUUCCAGGAGGUUCCUCUUCCUAAUUCCAAGGAGUUCAUGCCUACAUUUCCAGCAGCUUUUUAGGAUUCGACGCAUGGACGAGUAUCAAUCAGAGGAUGGCAGCAGAGUUGGACUGAUCUAGAACAUUGAGUGAAUGGGAAGUGAAAUAUGCAGUAUCUUUUGUGGGCUCUAUUACUUCCUCUAUCACUCUUGUGCUUAACUGAUGGCUCAUGAUUCUUUUAAUAUUCUUCAUCAUUUACUCUUAAGCUGUGGAGUUUUAAGAAACUUUGUUAGAUAGUAUUUCAUUACUUCCAUGUACAUACUGUGUGAUCUUAUGGAGUAUGGUAAAAAAAUUCUAGUCAUCUUUGCUCAUUUUUAAUGUUAUAUGCACUUAUUUUUGCAAGAAAUUGCUGCUAUAAAGAUACUGGAAACCAUUUAUCCGUGUCUCAAUUAGUGGAGAAACUUUUCAAGAAUUCAGUCAAGAUCCUGGCUUGACUGCCAAGUUUUCAGCAUUUAUUGUGGAGUUGGGCUGGUAUGUUGUUUCUCUUGUAGUAGUUAGUUGUACGGUCCUGUCUUCUGCUCUAAGCUGUGCCAUAUAUGUUUGUAUUUGGUCAUGUCUGCUUGCUGGAGCUUAAUGAGAGAUGAAAAAACUAGUGGAUGACUACCUCAUUGAUGAGUGCAUGGAGAACGAGUACUAGUAGUACAUUUGCUAGUGGUAAGUUGUAACAAAUAGUUAGAUAUCUUUCUUGUAUUAUUUUUGUUGGUUUUUAUUGCUGACAAACUCGUUGAACUGUUUUAUAGAAACUUUAAAGUUUUGGCCUCAAUAUCUGCAUAUAUGUUCAUUAUUGUCUGUUAUGUAGUGUACUUACUACUAACAAGUAUAGUACUCCAUCGUGCAAAGUACAAUAUCUUUAUAAUCUACAAGGCUUAGGCUUCUUUUCCCUGCAGCUAUAUUGGGCCUGGCCGGAUUUCGCCUUUGUGAUUUUCUUCUAAUGUUUAAUUAUAUACCUUUUAUUUUCUGGUGACCUUUGACAAGGUUAGAAUUUUAUCUGGAGUAGAGAGAUUUGAAGCAGGGAAAGACAGUUGGUGUACACAGUAGACUCUGGAACAUCGAUGAACGAUAGUACAAGUGUUCAGAAGCUAGAUUGUUGUAAGAUGAAAUAUUUGCUACUUGGUAGUACUUGUUUUUCUGAGUUAGCUUGUUGUUUCAAAAUGUCAACCACUUGCAUCCGGUGUGUUCAGUUCAGUUUGGUGUCUCCAGUUCAGUAUGUUGUUUGCUUUUUAUUGGUUUCGGUAUGACCUUUGAUAAUACAAUAUUUAUCGUCACGUA